AUGGAUGGAUUUACAGAGUCUUUGAACGAACCUAAGGUUUCAAAACGGAAUAGACCUGGUUCACCAGACAGUUCACAUUCGAGAUCUUCCUCUCUAUCCAAGAACUCAUUGCAGGACCGCCUAUUUACAAAGCUCCUACAGCAAGUGAUCCCGACAGACGAUGAGGAUGAAACCGAUUCAUUGGGAGACAAGGCUUUGGCCUCUCCCAAGAAACCGGCCUUCAGUCUGCCUGUAAUGGCAAAUAAUUUCCGCCGCUUCAAUGCAAGAAUCGGUGUGGUAUUUCUGUUCCAGAGCCGCCUUGAGCAAUUAUUCACAUGGGAAACACCAACCCAUACUAUCUCUUUCCUUUUUGUCUACUCUUUCAUCUGCUUGGAACCUCAUCUACUUUUGGUUUUGCCUCUAGUGGUUCUCCUGCUCUUUAUUAUGGUGCCGGCCUUUGCAACCCGUCACCCACCACCUCCAAACACCUCGACAUCCAGCACGACUCCUUACUACUCCUUUGAUGGACCAGCCCUAGCACCAGCCACGACUAUUAAGCCAGCCCCAGAGACCUCCAAAGACUUUCUUCGGAAUAUGCGAGACCUGCAGAACUGCAUGGCUGAUUUCUCCGAUGCCCACGAUGCAGCUAUCAAUGUCGUUGCCCCACUGACGAAUUUCUCCAAUGAGAAGCUCUCGUCAACCUUAUUUCUUGGAUGCACAAUAGCCAUCGUGGUGUUGUUUAUCAGUGCACAUCUGCUGCCCCUCCAAAUUGUGGUGCUUGUCGGUGGCAACGCGUUGGUUCUCUCCAUCCACCCAACUGUGGGGCAAUUCCUCUCCGGUUUGAUGCAAGACAUGACUGGAGAUUCCAUGGACGCAGACUCAGAUGAGAACGGUCUCGCAUCAUCGGUCCCUGCAGAUCCAUCUGCAGCGAUGUCAGCCAUGGAAAAACUUGCAGAUAUCUCCUUGGACAUUUAUCCCGAGGAGCGCGAGGUGGAAAUUUUCGAGCUACAGCACCGGGCCGCAGGAACAUCAGAGUCUGGGUGGGAGAGCUUCCUUUUCAGCCACGCGCCAUAUGACCCGCUAUCACCAUCUCGCAUCGCCGGGGACCGACCCCGUGGAUGCCGAUUUUUUGAGGAUGUCCGUGCCCCACGUGGCUGGGCUUGGAAAAGCAAGAAGUGGGAACUCGACCUGGACUGCCGUGAAUGGGUGGUGGAGCGCAUGAUCACCAGUGUUGGGUUCGAGGUUCCAGGCGUGAAUGCCGAAGGCAACGCCAUUGUCGGAGAAGUUGGUGGUUGGGUUUGGGACUUGCCUCCGACUCGGCAGGAGUCAGAUGACGAUUUGACGUUAGCUUAUGGAGACCUGCCUGAGCUACCAUCCACUAAGGAAACUAAGACUAAGGAGAAGGAAAGGGGGAAGGGGAAAUUACGGGAUUGGGAGGAAGGGACCGCGUCCUACGGAGUGGGUGAAUGGAGGCGCCGACGAUGGGUUCGAGUGGUGCAACGCAUAAGCCUUCCGCCGGCGGGGGGUGUCACCUACUCGACGCUCAGUAGUAACAGCUAG